AUGGCGACUUACAAUGUUCUCACCUUUGACGCAGAGGGCCGCCCGAUCGAAUUUGAAACCUGGUUAGACGACCUUAGGCUCUACCUUCAGUGCGAGUCUAAGGAUCGUGUGUCCCUGUUCGCUCAUACGUCUGGUAGCGCUGCCAUCCCUGCAGACACUGCUGACGCUGACACUCGUGACCAGUGGCUUAUUCGCGACGCUGCUGCUCGCCUAGCUGUGCGAAACCACCUACCGCUAGCCGAGCGCGUGCACUUUAGCCAACAAAAAACCGCCAAGGGCCUGUUCGACGCAGUCGUAGCUCGCUACAGCUCGCCUGCCACUGCUGCGCUAGGCCGUCUUAUCCUGCCCUACCUCUUUCCUGACCUGUCCGCCUUUCCUACAGUCGCUGAUCUCAUCACCCACCUCCGCACUAGCGACGCUCGGCUCACUAUAGACCUCCUCGAAAAGCACCUUACAGCGGCCGAGGUUAGCAUUAACGCUGCUGUGGGCGCUUCUCGAGGCACUCCUCGCACCCCCUUCUUCGAGGGGUGUUCCCCCUCUCCCCUCCUCCCCUCUGUCGCCACUGCUGCUGCUGUCGACCUCCUUGGUGCUGAGGAGGUUGGGGCUGCGUCUGCUUCCAGUGGCAGGCGCCGCAGCGGCAAGGGGAAGGGCGGCAAGGGUGGUGGGGGUGGUGGGGGUGGAGGCGGUGGUGGAGGCUCGGGUGGUGGCGGCGGGGGUGGUUGGAGCGGCGGGGGUGGGGGUGGGGGUGUUGGGGUCGGUGGUGGCGGCGGCAGUGGGGGUGGCAGUGGCGGAGGUGGCGGCGGUGGGAGUGGCAGCGGAGUCGGUGGCGGUGGUCGCAGUGGUGCGGCCCAGCACUACGAUUCUUGA